AUGUUAUUUGAAGAUCUGCCAUCAGAAUUAUUAUUUGAAAUAUUUUCUUAUCUUCACCCAUCAGAUCUUUAUAUAUCAUUUAUUCCAUUAUCAAAUACUCGUCUAUCAUAUAUAAUAUCUCAUAUUGAUUUUUCUCUUGAUUUAACUUAUACAUCAUUUUAUCGUUUUUACCAUAUUUUAACAUAUUGUUCGCCAUCACAAAUUAUUUUUCUUCGUUUAACGAAUCAAUAUUCACAUGGUUUAUUAAUAUCAGAAUUUUUUACAUCGAAUUUUUUUCAUUCGAAAAAUUUUAUUCGAUUACGUUCAUUACAUUUGGAUGAUAUUAUUGGAAAUGAAAUUGAUUGUCUACCACCUAAUCUUGAAAAAUUAUAUAUUAAAUUUCAUAAAAAAGCUAAAUAUGCAGCUAAAUUUUAUCAAAUUGCAUUACAAUCAACAUCAUUAAAACAAUGUUAUCUUAUUGGUGGUUAUGCAUUUGAUAGUAAAACAUGUUCUCAUAUAUCAUCAACAACUAUCGAGAUACUUCAUAUGGCUAUUAAAAGUUUUCCAAAUGAUUUAUUAGUUUUACUUCAAGCUUUACCAUGUUUAACUAAACUUAAAACUCGUAUCUAUACUCAAUUAUCAACAAAUCAAUUUCCUGUAAUAUUAUCAUCUCCAUUAACUCAUCUAAAUAUUGACCUACAAGGUAGUGGAAUUAGUUUAGUUAUGCUUGAUACCCAAUUACUUUCUCAUCUAUCUCAAAUACAAUCAUUAAUUUAUCAUUCUUAUGGAAAAUCAAAUGACGAUAUGAAUCAUUUAAUAAAAUUAUCUUGUAAACUUAAACAUAUUCAAUUUAUUCAAAAAGGUUUAUCUAUCAAUACUGAUAUUACACAAUAUAGUUUUAAUAAUGAUCUUGUCACUGCUAUACAAGAAGCAACUAGUAAUAAAAAUUCACGUCGAUCAUUAACUAUACAUACUAUACCAUAUCCAGAUAAAAUGCUGCAAUUACCAUUUGUACUAUGGAAUACAGUACAUAAUCCAAAUGAUAAUGAAAUUUAUGAUCGUGUUGAACGUGUUCGAAUUAAUCUAUCUGAAUGUUCAAUUACACCAAAUUUUCCUCUUUGUCGUCAUGUUAAAUAUUUAACAUUAAUAUCAAAUAAUGAAUCUAGUAAUUAUAUUAUAUCACCAACUCUUCUUUCAUCACUUGUUAGUCUCUCAUCAAUUCGUCAUUUAAUAAUUAAUACUCAAACAACAUUAUUUCAUUUUAAUCAAUUAUUUUCUUUAAUGUCUCUUCAUUCACUUGAUAUAGCUUGGUCACAACUACGUCCUUAUUUUUCUUUAACAAAUAUUAAAAUUCUUUCUCUUAUUAGUGAAUGUGUAUCAUGGAAAGAAAUUCAAUAUUUAAUACAAUAUUUAAUACCUGAAUUAGAACAUUUACAAAUGAAUGUUACAACAAGUGAUGAAUGUCGUGAAAUUCUAAAUAUAUUAUUAUCACCUAAUUAUAAAAAUAAUUUAAUAUCAAUUAAAAUUUGUAUAUGUCAAACAUUAUCAGAUCAAAUAAAACAAGAUCUUGAACCCAUACUUUUAUCUUCACAAUGGAUUAAAGUUAAAUGGCGAAUGGAUAAUUGGUAUCUAUAUAUUUGGAAAUAA